GAGCACCACCGUCGGUCAUCAACCGGAUCGAAAAGCCUAUCCACAUGGCCCUUAGGGCGGCUCUCGGGGUGCCACUAACUACUUCGCUGCUAGCAAUGUAUACGGAAGCGAACUACAUUGGUUUAAAAGCACGUCUUACCUUACGGACGAUCAGACAUAUGGUCACGCACAUAUCGAGGGGCCGUUUUAGCUCGCUCUACCGUAUUUAUUCGCAAAGGCAUGGUCUGGACCACUAUAGAUGGCGAAGAUACCAGGAACCUUACGUGUUCAGGGCGGUCUCUCAUUUACGGAAUCUCGGGAUAGCGAUUCCGAACAUUUAUCGUCAACAGAAUCUGCCGCCGACUGUCGAGCAGAUGGGCUCGCGGAUAAAUAUUGAUGUGUUUAGGACUGGGAGUAUUCGUUUACCUGGCGAGGACAGGGUGGCAUUUGAUGAGUGGAUGCGCAAAUACCGCGAUGGGUGGGCUUUAAUCGGGACAGAUGGGUCGAAGUCACCCAAUCGGACGUCGAUGGGCGUCUUCAUAUCAGAGGGGCGGAGGAGUGAGUCGUGGGAAUUGGACGCUCAGUGUGGAGUUUUCGGGGCGGAAGCUGCUGGUGUUUUGCGGGGGUUGGCUUUGUGUUCCCAAAAUCCUUGUCCGACCAUUAUAUGUACAGACAGUCGUUCAGUGCUAGAGGCGUUGGCUAACGUGGGGUAUACUUCGGAUGCGAUCAUCAUCGAUAUUGCGGCGGCAGUCUCGUCCUUUCCUCAGCCUAUUGUGAUGUUAUGGACUCCGGGGCACGUCGGUAUUGCACCCAACGAAGACGCGGAUAAGGCAGCGAAGGGAGCGAAUUUAACCGGUUCCUGGAGGGGCCCGCUGUUGCCUAAGGACAUUCAUCGGUCGGUAUGGCAAGACACACGUAAUUUGUUACGGGACCGCUGGGCUGCGGUCCAUAGGAACAGGGGUAGGGAGUAUCUCCGUCCUUUUCACCCGUGGCCUUAUCACCACGCUUCAUCGCGGCAAGCGGAAACACUCCUGGCGAAACUACGGACUGGUACGGCCCCACUCAAUGACUUUCUUUAUUCGCGUGGUAUUGUCCCGUCCCCUAACUGUUUGUUCUGUGGGGAGGCAGAAACUACUGAACAUUUCUGGCUAAGGUGUCCAGAGUAUACUACGAGUCGCAUGGACCUACUGAAACACUUACGACUGAAUUUACAGACUGUGCGUACAUUGUCUCCUCUGUAUUGGCCACAGGCCGACAUGUCCUCGAGGUAUCAUGUCUACCUUCUAGAACAGUAUAUUCAUCGAUCGGGUCGCUUUAACAACUAAGGUGGCGCUGCACGUCGGAGAAAAAGCGAAUAGGCUGCAAUCUCCAUAUA